AGCCUGAUUUCCUCUCCUCUCAUUGCUCACCGCAUCUCCUCUACAGCACCUGCCAAAGCAGCGACGCAGCGAUGGAGAGCUGCUGCAAAUUCUUAUAAGCUCGAGGAAGACCACAAUUGAGAGAGAGAGAAAGAGAAGGACACACUAAGGAAACUACGGAUAAAGAGAGACACGAAGAAAGGGGGAAAACGGAGUGUGACAAGCGGAAACACAGAAACAUAUGGUUUGCCUGAAGAGCGGCUGUUUCUGAGGACUGCUGAACCGGGCUAAAACUUAUACAGCCACCGUGAUCAACUAAAAGUCAUAUUUGAUUCGUCCAUUUACAUUGUUUAGACACUUCCUCUUUGCCUUAUUUGUGCGUGCUCUCACCUGUGUGCGGCAGUGGCUUAUAGGUACACCUCUGUUUGGUUAGUUUGUGCGGGGUGGAUUGCGGCUGUUGCACCUCCCUGAAUGCGCACACACACGCACUGAUCAUCACAAGACGCGGUGCAGCCUACAAAAGCUUCUUGCAAGGAGGAAAUUGAAUUAGACAAGUUAUUCCUACAGAAGAGCAGGACAAGAGCGGCUAGCCUUCGGCUUCCCUACAUUUAUCCAGCUCACCGUGUCUCCGGGCCCACUAGGAGUCUCUUAGACAACCCCCUCUUCCCUUCUCUCACCUCCCAUUUCCCUCCCGGCAACAAGCCAUGUCUGCACAGACUGUGACCAUCCCGGACGACCAGGCGUUCGCCAGCUUCAAGUCAGAGUGUCUGUGCGAGGAGGGCUGGAGUAUGAGCUACAGCAAGGGGGGCAUCACGGUGUGGACCCAGGCUCUGCAGGAGGGGAACUCUGUCCACAAAAUUAAGUGCCGGAUGCUGUGUAAGGACGUGUCAGCUGAGACCAUGUACGACGUUCUCCAUGACAUUGAAUACAGAAGGAAAUGGGACACAAACGUCAGUGAGACCUUCGAUAUCGGGAAACUUACGGUCAAUGCGGAUGUUGGUUACUACUCAUGGAAGUGUCCGAAACCUCUUCGGAACCGCGAUGUCGUCACACUUCGCUCCUGGCUGCCCAUAGGGAAAGAUUACAUCAUCAUGAACUACUCUGUCAAACAUGCCAAAUACCCUCCUAAAAAGGACAUUGUGCGAGCUGUGUCCAUUCAGACUGGCUACAUGGUCCAGUGCCAGGGACCCAACCAAUGUAUCCUCACUUACAUGGCCCAGGUAGAUCCACGAGGUUCAUUACCAAAGUGGGUUGUCAACAGGUCUUCCCAAUUCCUUGCACCUCGCGCAAUGAAGAAGAUCAACAAAGCCUGUUUGAAGUAUCCGGACUGGAAGCAGAGACACAAUCCCGGCUUCAAGCCCUGGCUCUACCCCGAACAGACUACGUUACCCAGCAUCCCACUCUCUGAGCUCAGCAUCCAGCAUGCUGAGAGCCUAGAGAAUAUUGAUGAGAGCUCCGUGGCUGAGACCCAGGAGAGAGAAGACAGCGACUAACACACACAUGCACAUGCACAUGCACAUACACAUGCACACAAACAGUAAUGCAGGGUUAAAUGCAUCCCUGAUACACAUCCAUAAUUAUACGUAUGUAUAUGUGAUUCUCUAUGUAAAUAUGUGUGUGUGUGUGUGUGUGUGUGUGUGUGCACACAUACUUGCAUUACAUACUAUACAUGUAUGUAAGCACUCAUGCAUCCAGACAAACUCAUACUUGACCAACUUGAUGUCAUAUUUUCAUACAUAAUGUAUGAACACAUGCAUAUACAGACAUGCAACAUAGAUGCACUCACAGAUACACACCCACCCACUUACAAGGAGCACGAAAUGACUUAUUUUAAUACGUCUGUAAACGAAUAUUAAUUGUAAUCAGAAAAGCUCCUGUAAGUGUGAUUUUUCAUGCUUGUUAAAGAGAUUCUAAUUGGGACCUAUGCAGAUUUUUACAGCAAAACAAACCUUCAGUAAGAUUUACUGACUAAAUGUUCACAAACAAACCUGCACAUCCUGCUGUCAUUCAAAAUUUGAGCAGUAGAUUUCAGAAUGAUGCUAUCCUCCUUUAUCUGCGGGUUAUGUCUACAGCCCAGCUAGUGCAGCCCCAAAUGCUCAUGUAUACAGCAAAGGACAUACCUGUGUACACAUGUGGACACAUGCCAUUCAUUUAUGACAUUUAUGCACUCAUACAUGUAUACACACUCAGUUUGUGUCUUUCUGCCCAUGUUGUGUCUCUGUCACUCAUUAUGUGCCUCUAUCACAUUUUGUAAGCACAUGAUAAAAAUAUGCAGGUGUACAGAAGGCAGCUGGAACCUCCAACCCAACCUGCGACCCUCUCAUUCACCCACCCACACACACACACACAUACACACACAUACACACACAGACACACAUACAGAUUUUACACUGACAUGUACUGUCUGCUUCUCUAUUUGAGAGCUGUGUGAAUGUAUGUAGAGUUUAAAAAAUUAAAUACAGAUUCCUACAAAGGUUUUCAAAUUUCA